UAUCUCCGGGGGCUUCUUGGGACUCGGCUCAACCUGUCGAUUAGGUUAAUCGCUCUUCUUUCUCAGUCCCUGACCUCGGCAGAUACUUUGUUGAUGUUUUUAAUUGCAAUUGCACUUUACAAGGUCUCGCCUGCAGCCUUCCAUCGGCCCACUACAUAGUAACAGCUUGGCAGGACUCUGUGGCUUGGCUUUUCCAUGGGAUUAUACAAACUCAAAAGGGGGGUUUCACAUUUUCACUUCACACCUCUGAUCCCAUAAGCGGACGGAAACGCUCGCAAACGGGCGCUAGAACCGCAUUUAUUCUUCUUCUAUCAGCGGAGUCGGGAACACCAAGGCGCAAGGAGGAUGAUGUAUCUCACCACACCUUCCAGGUCUUCCAUGAAGACACUCGCGCUCUCAAUCCUGUUCUCCGGACUUGGGUCAGGUAUCGCUGCGUCGGCGCAGAAUGAUUCCUCCCUGGGUUCUGCGCAGGUGCUAGAAGCUCCCUAUCCCUACUAUUUCCCCGUUUUGCAAGAUGAGCAUGACUCGAACAGCGGACUAUUUCCCAUGCCUCAAUGCAAUAGCUUUACUUUGGCCGAGGCAACGAUUGAUCAGCUCCAAGAUGCUAUGAGUUCAGGAAAACUCACUGCGACUCAAAUCCUGCACUGCUAUCUCCAGCGGAUCUAUCAGACCGAUUACUACGUCAAUGCAAUCAUGGAGCUGAAUCCCGACAUGUUUGAGAUUGCUGCUACAUUAGAUGCCGAGCGUGCCUCGGGCAAAGUCCGAGGCCCUCUCCAUGGAAUUCCCUUUGUUGUCAAAGAUAAUAUCGGUACAAAGGACAAAAUGGAGACCACUGCUGGAAGUUGGGCCUUGCUUGGUUCAGUCAUUCCCAGGGACGCCCAUGUCGUAGCCAAACUCCGCGAAGCGGGCGCCUUGCUGCUCGGUCACGCUACCCUCUCUGAGUGGGCAGAUAUGAGAAGCAACUAUUACUCCGAAGGAUACUCCGCUCGUGGCGGCCAGGCCAGGAGCCCCUACAAUCUCACCGUCAACCCGGGUGGAAGCAGCUCGGGAAGUGCUCUUGCGGUGACUUCAAAUCAGUGCAUGUUCGCCCUUGGCACGGAGACUGACGGCAGCGUCAUCAACCCUGCUGAAAGGAACUCCCUGGUUGGUUUCAAGCCUACCGUUGGUCUAACUUCUCGCGGAGGUGUUAUCCCCGAAAGUCUUCAUCAAGACUCUGUUGGCACGUUUGCCCGAACUGUCCGGGAUGCGGUCUACGCACUGGACGCCAUUUAUGGCGUCGACCCUCAUGACAAUUACACGUUUGCGCAACAGGGUCGUACGCCUGAAGGCGGUUACGUUCAAUUCCUGACCGACAAGUCUGCGCUCAAAGGCGCUGUCUUCGGCCUACCAUGGAAGUCCUUCUGGUCUUUGGCGGAACCGGAAAUGCAAGAAUCUCUUCUCGAGCUUGUCGACUUGAUUGAGGGCGCUGGCGCUACCGUCAUCAACGGCACUGAGCUUCCAAGCUACGAGAAGAUUGUCAGUCCUGAUGGCUGGGACUGGGAUUUUGGUACAACCAGAGGUUACCCCAACGAGUCCGAAUAUACCGUGGUUAAGGUUGACUUCUACAACAAUAUCAAUGCUUACCUUGCCGAGCUGAACAACACCGAUGUCAGAACCAUUGAGGAUCUUGUUCAAUAUAACAUUGACAAUGCCGGCUCCGAGGGAGGUUUUCCCUACGUUCACCCUGCAUUUAGCUCUGGCCAGGAUGGUUUUCUCGCGUCCCUCGACACGAAUGGUACCAUGGAUGAAACCUACUUCCAAGCUCUCAGUUUCUGCCAGAAAGCGACUCGCGAGGACGGUAUCGAUGCCGCUUUGAACCAUAACGGAACUCAGCUGGCUGGAUUGCUGGUGCCCGUUGAUCUCGGGCAAACUUAUCAGGUUGCCGCCCAAGCAGGGUACCCCGUCGUCACGCUCCCUGCUGGCACCCACUCCGCGGAUGGAAUGCCUUUCGGCCUAGGCAUUAUGCAAACCGCGUGGGCCGAAGCGACUUUGGUCAGAUACGCUUCCGCUAUUGAAGACUUGCAGUUCACUUCCAACACGACGCACAAGAGAUCGCUACCGAACUGGUACGAAUACAGAACGCGCAAUAUCCCAGUGGUCAUGUGAUUUCAUCAUAGAUUGGUGAAGAAAAUACUCGACUAUUUGUAUAUAAUCUUAAUCGAUCAGCAGCAUGGCAUAGAUGGGGACUACUCCCUAUGGUGUUUAGUCCGGUAUGGAAUCAGAGACUUAGUAUUAAUCAAUUUUGGCAUCUUUCCAGCAU